AUGCGUCUGCUCACGAAAUCGUUCAAUGGCCGAGACUUGCGUCUUCUACAGAGUGUCAUAUGGCCCAGCGCUCUCUCCGGACCCCCCUCUUUGGUUUCUCCGUCCAUCCAAUCCCAUACUGCACCGUGGACUCCGACUCGGGGCGGCCAGUGCAGAGGAGCGAAAACAACGACAAGGAAGAAGGUGAAAGAGCUCCAGCAAGGGGCAAUACCAGCAGAAUCACUUCCUGAACUACCAGGCGAUGAUGAACCCCAAUAUCCGAGUGUGCUCCAGGGCGCCAAAAAUAACAUGGCGAGAUUUGAGAACUGCGUCCUAAUCACAAGAGUGGGAAACUUCUACGAGUUGUAUUUUGAGCAAGCGGAAGAAUAUGGCCCCCUCCUUAGCCUCAAGGUAGGCUAUAAGCAAACAAAACUUGGUCCUGUGGCUAUGGCUGGCUUCCCAUUCUUUCAGCUGGAUCGCUUUCUGAAGAUGUUGGUCCAAGACCACAAUAAAUAUGUUGCUAUUUGUGAGGAAUUCCUCAUCAAUGUCUCUGGCAAGGUCAAGUCAGGUGGUUUGAAACAUGAUCGCCGUGUGUCGCGGGUAGUGACUCCAGGUACAUUGAUUGAUGAGAAAUUUUUGGAUCCUUACGAGAACAAUUUUCUGCUCUCUGUCCAUCCGGAACCCUUGUCCGUUGGCGAGGGUCUCUGCUCAGAGGAUAAUGUUGCGAAAACUGCCUCGGAGCAAACGAUUGGACUGUCAUGGUUGGAUCUGUCCACCGGUGAUUUCUUCACCCAGACUGCAGACCGAAGUUCACUGUCGUCCGCUUUGACUCGGAUCGCCCCUCGUGAAAUCAUCCUUCCCUCGAAUGUCUCCGAAGAAAUUAGGGACGAGGUUCAACAAACAGUGGGACACGACCACCGGCUGCUGACAUUGCAUCAAGUAGGAAAGGAGUUUACAUCAAUGUCGGGCUGGAAUGUCAUGCUAGAAUCUCCUGUGGCUGAGAAUGCCGAUGACAUUUUCAAAACGGCGGAAAAGUAUGCAGGACAUCGACUUCUGGACUAUGUACAACAUCGUCUGCAGGGCCUACAGCUUCGAUUACAACCGCCGCGUCAAAGAGAGCUUCACGCGACCCUGAGGAUUGAUCGGAACAGUUUGCGAGGACUUGAGGUCCUUGAAACUACUCGGGACGGGCUUGGGAAAGGCAGCCUGUUCCAUGCCGUGAGAAGAACAGUCACAAAAAGCGGUGCUCGUCUUCUACGAGAUCGCCUCACAUCGCCCUCGGCUUCUCUGGCAGAAAUUAAUGACCGCCUCGAUCUCGUCUCGACAUUUGUGGAAUCGGAUGAAUUAACGGACUCACUAAUAUUUCGGCUACGACGAACACAUGACGUUCAACGCAUAGUCCAGAAAUUCGCCCUCAAUAAGGGAGAUGCUGAUGAUAUGUUAUCCCUAGCGGGCGCCAUUUCCGAGACUGUGGCUACUCAGGAUCUUUUGCAGGCGUCUGUCAGACCAAACAAGUUCGCAGAUGCAAGCGUCGAAACAGAAGUGUUGGAUAAUCUCCCUUUGCAGAAGCUCUUACAGCGGCUCGACUUGGAUGGUCCCGGCGAGCUUCAGGCCCGCAUUGUCUCUGCUAUUGAUGAAGAGGGCCUCCUGCAAAAACAUCGCCUUGAGGAAGAUGAAGCGGCAAGUGUGGCAGCUCUGGCGCACGAUACCGUCCUGGAGAGUGCUCCAGAGGAGAUUGAGUCCCUUCCGAAAGCCAUUCGCAUCCAUGGCAAAUCUGAGGAGCAGAAGAAAGAUGAAAUUGAGCUGGAGGAGCCCUGGAUUAUGCGUCAUGACGCAAGUGAUGUAUUGCAGCGGCUGCAUGAAGAUCUUCAUUCUCUCGAAGUGGAGAAAGUCGCUUUGGCAGAGAGGUUGAGAGACGAAUUGAAAGCCCCGACUUUAAUACUCAAAUCCACACCUGGUCUUGGUUAUAUUGGUCAUAUUCGAAGCGCUACCGGCUUCGAUAGGGAAAAGUUGGAAUCACUGCAGGCAAGGAUGGUGUCUUCUUCGAAAAGCACUCGAUCUUUCUAUCUGAAUGAUUGGACACGACUUGGUCGCCGAAUUGACCAAGUGAUGCUGAAUAUCAGAGACGAAGAAAAACGGAUCUUUUCGUCUCUGAGAGAAUCAGUCAUUCAAAACCUUGUCAAGUUACGACGAAAUGCAGCCGUCAUGGAUGAAUUGGACGUGGCAAGCGCAUUCGCGACAUUGGCAAAGGAACAGUCAUGGGUUCGUCCUAUUCUCAACCCUGGAACCGAGCACAAAAUCAUAGGUGGACGACAUCCAACUGUGAAACUUGGAUUGGAAGAGCAAGGCAGAUCUUUCGUCAGUAACAACCUUGUCCUCGACCACAAUGAACGAAUCUGGCUUGUGACUGGACCUAAUAUGGGUGGAAAGAGUACGUUUCUCAGACAAAAUGCACUUCUCACGAUCCUUGCCCAGUCUGGCUCGUAUGUCCCCGCUGUACAUGCUGAGAUAGGACUUGUGGAUCAAAUCUUCAGUCGAAUUGGAGCUGCAGAUGAUUUAUUUCGGGACCAGUCCACGUUCAUGGUGGAAAUGCUAGAGACAGCAGCGAUUUUGAAUCAUGCAACUUCACGGUCAUUUGUGAUCAUGGACGAGGUUGGGCGAGGCACCACUCCUGAAGAUGGGACAGCGGUGGGAUAUGCCAGUCUUCAUCAUCUCUACCACGUCAACAAGUGUCGAACUUUGUUUGCAACUCAUUUCCACGUAUUGGCGGAUAUGACCCGGGAUUGGCCAAAAUUGGCAUGUUACUGCACCGAUGUGUUGGAGGACAAUAGCGGCUCUUUUGCCUUCGUCCAUCGACUGAAGAAGGGAAUCAACAGACAAUCUCAUGCAUUGAAAGUGGCCAAACUUGCUGGAUUGCCUCCUACCGCCCUGAAGGUUGCAGGAGAUGUUCUGAAACAUCUGUCAGAAGAAAGGAGUGGCAUACAAGCACGCGCCAUGGCAGAAGCUGAGCGGUCUGAACGCACUUAA